CAUCUCUCGACACCACACCUCUGCCUCGUCGCCCAAGCUCUCUCCACUAUGGCCGACUUCGUCAAGGGCAUCUUUGGCGGCCAGAAGCCUGCUGCCGCUCCAGCUUCCGCUGGCGGCGAUGACGACUUCGCCGACUAUGCAGGUGCCCCGGAACCCGAACCCACUCCCAUCUCCGCCAUCCCCUCCGCAGACUCCAUCCCCUCUGCAGCCCCAACCCCUCCGGCUGUCGGUGCCGUCCCCUACACAAAAUGGUACCGCGUCUGGGAGCGCACCACGCUGGACGACUUCAAAAUGGAGAUGUACGUCCUCCCGUUCAUCUUCGUCAUCAUUGCCGUGCACUUGUUCGGCACGCGCAAGAAUCGCCGCAAGGCGCGGCAGUGGGUGAGCGUGCAUGCGCCCGUGUUGAGGCAGGAGUUUGCGCAGGUGGGGUACUCGCGGCCAAAGGGGGACGUCGAGGCGGAGGAGCUCGACUUCGACAGGUUGCUGCGCGAGAAGAAGGUGGACGAGUACCUGACGUACGCUACUGGGAGGCAGAACGUGGCGUUUGUCGACUUCAAGUUGACGCUCCUGAAGCGAUACAAUCCGCUGAUGCGGUGGGGAGAGGUGCUCAUCGGCUUGUUCUUUGAGAGUCUCCCCGCGCCCGAGGAGCGCAUGGAAGCUACUGCGUACGCGUUCGACGGUCAGGAGAGUAAGAUUGUGCCCGGGCUCGGAAAGGGCGAGGACAAGAAGAGCGUCUCCAAUAGCACGUACGACGGUUUCGUGUUCGCCGUCGUGCACAAGGAUCUCAUGAAGAGGCUCCGCGAGGAACGCUAUGAUUUGUCUCUCACGUCGACGAAGGACCAUCCCAAGCUUCCGAUCUGGACGACGGUGAUGAGCGAGAGCGCGGAGGUCACGGAGAAGCUUCUCACGCCCGAGCUUGUCAAGGCUAUCAACGACGCGGGGGAUCGAUUCGAGGCACUUGUCAUCACUGACCAGCCUAUGGACCAGCCAAAGAAACUCGACGAAACCACUCCCCGCAAACGCCUCAACCUCUCCCUCAAACUGCCCUCCUCCUCCUCCCCAUCCGCCUAUGACUCCACCCUGCCCCUCUUCACCCUCUUCCUCCGCCUCCCCGACUUCCUCGUCUCGUCGGCCCACUUCCGCCCCGAAGCCCUCCGCCGCAUCAAGCAGACGCGCGAGGACCAAAUCGCCAAGAUCCGCAAAAUCGAGGAGGAGGAGAAGGCCGAGGAACGCAAGCUCCAGGGCGAUCGGGCGAAGAAGGAGAAGAGGGAGCAGUUGCUUUCGCGCAUGAGCGCCGAGGAGCAGAGGAAGUAUCUGGAGAAGGAGAGGGAGAGGGAUUUGAAGAGGAAGGAGAAGAGGAAGACGGUGAAGGCGUAGGUGUCUGUGUUAAUCAUUUUAUCCGAGGGGAUAAUUGUGGUUUGGUGUGUAGGGUGCAUAGGGGUGAUGACGGGGCGUGUCUGAGUAGAGAGGGAUUGACGAAGGUGCGUUUGCGUCGUAGAUAUAAUUCUGUGUACUUAUACAAUCACCUGGGAGCCCUUAGGCGCCUCUGAGAAGGACGACCAAUUUCAAUCAAACAGAAACUGUCCAGA